UACAAACUUUCCGAGUUUGAGCUGGUUGGAAAAGAAUAUAAUACUUCAUUCAAAGUUAACAAAAAUACCUUCUCAUUAGAUUGUGUAAAGUUUGGUUUCAUAACAUACAUAAAUAAGUUAUAAAUGGAAGAGUCUUCUUCAGAUAGAAGGCCUCAGUUUGGCAACAGAUUCCUGGAAAAUGCUGAAGAAGUCUUCAAGCAUAAUGCGUGGGAUAAUGUCCAAUGGGACAGCGAGCAGGAAGAAGCUGCUAAACAGAAAGUUGAACAAAACUCACAGAUAACUAUUAAUGAAGACCAGCUGAAGAAUUUAGAAGAAAAUGCUGAUAAACAUUGGGAUGCCUUUUAUGAUAUUCAUCAAAACAGAUUUUUCAAAGACAGGCAUUGGUUGUUCACCGAGUUCCCAGAACUUGCCCCAGACAACACAUCAGCUCCAGUCAGAGUAUUCCCAGAGGUUGAGGGCAACAACACUUCAAAAACAAAUGAGGAUCCAAAAUCUGAAGGCACCAGACGCAACAUAUUUGAAAUUGGAUGCGGUGUUGGCAACACUAUAUUCCCGAUCCUCCAAUACAGUCAGGACCCCAACCUGUUUAUCUACGGCUGUGAUUUUUCAUCAACUGCAAUCAAUAUAAUGAAAGAGAAUCCAUUGUAUGACACAAACAGAUGCAAAGUGUUUGUCCUUGACGCUACGGCUACAGAUUGGGAAGUUCCUUUUGAAGAAAACUCUCUGGAUAUAGUUGUACUGAUCUUCGUAUUGUCAGCCAUUGAUCCUUCCAAAAUGCCGUCAGUCAUUAGCAAGAUCUACAGAUACCUAAAGCCUGGAGGGCUAGUUGUAUUCCGAGACUAUGGCCGCUACGACUUAGCUCAACUGCGAUUCAAGAAGGGGCGAUGCGUAGCUGACAAUUUCUAUGCAAGAGGAGACAACACUAUGGUUUACUUCUUCACUCAAGAGGAGGUAAAAGAUCUUUUUAAAGAAUUCAUUGAAGACCAGAAUCUUAUUGAUAGAAGACUCCAAGUGAAUAGGGGGAAAAUGUUGACCAUGUACCGAGUUUGGAUACAAGCUAAAUAUAGAAAGCCAAUAUAAUGGCGAUUUGUAAUAGGUAAGCCAUAAGCAAAUUAUAUAUUUUAAGAUUAACUGAAUUA